AUGUCUUUGAACUAUACCACUCCUCUUGACGAUGAGGUCUUCCCGUUGUCAUUUGCCAACCACCAAUUGAGCGAGCACGUGUCGAUGAGCCAGGAUUACUCACUCCGUCUCACAGACGAAACGAAAAUAAAUACGGCCGACUCUUGCGCAGUACCGAGAGACACUGCGAAGUGCGAUUUUAAUUUGACUUCGACGCAAGACGAAACGCUAUUCUCAUUAGAGAGUGCUCAAGAAAGUAACUACAGAUACCAAGCGUUGGCUAAUGUCCAGGACUGCCGCAUGGCCGUUUCGACCAGGUCUGCUCAGUCUUGUGAUAAACUGACCGAUCUUUACGCCAACGCCGCCCAACAAAAUUACAGGCUUUGGCUUUCCUCAUUCUAA